AUGGGCGCCGAAUUCUUCGUGACUGUCUUCGACUGGAUCGACUACAUCCUCCCGAUUGGACGCGAGAAGGCCUUGGAAGAUGUUGAAUACCAGCAUGUCAACUUCGUGACGGCGGUCUUCACCCAGUCCGCGCUGUACACCGUGCUGGAGGUCUUCCAGUAUCUUCCUCGUGAGCGACUACGCGAGAUAGUCCUGCACCCCGAGCAGCGUCUGACCGCAAUUCUGGUGCGCGCGUGGCUCAAGUGGCCCCGACUGCAACGAUUGCUGCGCGAUGGGGAAGAGCUCGACGCCAAGAUCGUCGAGGGCUGCGCCAUAGGUUUCCCUAUGUUCUAUCGUACCUUACAGGACGACGACCUUCGCCACAAAGUCCUCUCGGAGCUCAUGCACCACAUCGGCUACAACCCGCGUCGCUUCUGGCUCCGCUAUGCGCGCCACAUACGCUUGACCAGGGGCUGCGAAGACUGCACCGCGAUGGCAUACAUGCGCAACCUCCUCGGGGACAUCGUCUACUUCACGGCGGUCCCGGGUUUUACCAAACUUCCGGAGAAGCUGACCAUGGAGAUGGUAGACUGCCUGCGGUACCAGAUCCUCAGGAAGUCGAUGGCCGGGAUAUGGAGGCAGGCCUGGGUGUCCCUCUCCCCGCUGUGUAUGAUGAAUACGCACACCCUCGCAUGCGCUUUGAAACACGGCCUGCUGGAGUGCCUCGUCCGUAUACGCAUCAAGCAUGGGCGCAACACUCCCGGUCUCGCGGAAAUGGCCACCGUGAUGCACUCGGUCGUGACCUUGCCGAGCGCCAUCCGUGCCUUCUACGACGCCUACACAGACCUCAUGGAGCGCUUCCCGUCGAUUUCCUUCGAUGAAGAAGAGAAGCGCGUCAUCAAGGCCUUCCUAAUCCGCCACCGUCUUCUCCAGGACGCUGACGAGGGCUGGCAGCUUGUCAAUACAUGUUGCAACGCGGCGCCGGCGGCGGCGAAGAUGGUGGCCUCCGUGCAUGUGUAUGCGGCGAAGCGCUGUACUGCUCGAGAGCGUGCCAGCGGGCGCACUGGAGAUCCAGAUACGGCAGUCACAGAGAACAAUGCCCUGCCCGUCGUAAUCUCGAAGGAUGUGAUAGACUUGCGUCCUCUGUCGGAGGGCCAAGAGGUCGAUGUUGAUGUACGACCCCUGGAUCUGGGUGGGAGACCGUUGCCUGCGUGGCAGGUCGUCGAUAUCAUCUUCUUGCAAGAUGGGAAGGCAUGUAUGCGGCGCAUACAGUUCAUGUCGGAGGCGCGAGCCGGUCGAGUGCGCAUGCCCUUCCGCCUUCUCACAGAGUCGUUCUUCAAUGAUCGCAAAAGCUUGACACUCGAGCAGUCGACGCCGGCUUGGAGGACUCCGCGCCACACAUUGUCUGCCGCGGGCUCAGACAAUGCCGUCCUCGGUAUCAUUUCGACCAUGAAAAUCGUCAGGCUUCAACUCCGUGUUAGUGCUUAG